AGAGAGACCACCAACAUCAGCACCACCGUGCAGGAGAAGCGGCUGUCCCCUCAGAGACCAUCCCCGACGCCCACACUUCCGGACUGGAGCCUCUGGAGGCAGCUGGGUCGGGAUGCAUCCGUCUCCCGCUGCUGCUGCUGCUGCUUGACAUGAGGAUAAGACGACGACGUGUCCCCGGUGAAGCGGCGGCGCCCGUUACGUUACAUUAAACCUGCCCGUUACAAUCCGAGCAGUGCUGAUCAAAGCGCGGCGGUUAAUUCGCUCAACACUCAGAGGGAUCCGGGCUUUAGCCAUACUGUCUGUCUGCUGUCAACUGUUGCUGAUUUCCACUGUAAAUGAAUCUUAUAAGGUUUAUGAACAACCGUGUUCCUCCUAACAAGAGAUACCAGCCCACAGAAUAUGAGCAUGCUGCCAACUGUGCCACGCAUGCGUUAUGGAUAAUCCCCAGCCUGCUGGGCAGCUCAGUGUUGCACUUCCAGUCGGAGGACCAAUGGGAGCGGCUGUCGGCCUGGGUGUACGGGGCGGGGCUCAGCUCGCUCUUCAUCAUCUCCACCCUGUUCCACACUGUGGCCUGGAAGAAGAGCCACCUACGGUCUGUGGAGCACUGUUUCCACAUGUGUGACAGGAUGGUGAUCUAUUUCUUCAUUGCUGCCUCCUACGCCCCUUGGCUGAACCUGCGGGAGCUCGGGCCCUGGGGGUGUCACAUGCGCUGGCUGGUCUGGGUCAUGGCCUCUUUUGGAACCACCUAUGUCUUCUUCUUUCAUGAGAGGUAUAAGAUCACAGAGUUGAUCUGCUACACGGUGAUGGGGGUUUUUCCUGCCAUCGUCAUCCUCUCCAUGCCGGAGCAGUCUGGGUUGUAUGAGCUGCUGGUGGGCGGAGCCUGCUACUGUCUGGGGAUGGUCUUUUUUAAAAGUGAUGGCAUCGUCCCAUUUGCUCAUGCCAUUUGGCACCUGUUUGUAGCUAUGGGAGCAGCCAUACACUACUACGCCAUCUGGAAAUACCUCUAUGCCCAGCCAUCCAAUCAGGUCCAGACCUCCAGAUGACAUCAGCGCUGACCUCACAGGAAGUAGUUCCUCUGUUUGAGCUACUUCAAGGGGAUAAUGUGAGCUGUGUCAUAGUUCAUGGCUGCCUCCUUUGGAAAGCAAGUGGCCUGAACCUCCUCCAUAAAUGAAAUGGUGAAACCUCAACAAAUGUAGAAGAAAGAUAAUGGUGCAUUAAGGUGAUCUUCAUCAACUCAAAGAGCAAAACAAUCCACAUCCAUCAGCAGGAAGUUGAAUUCAGUUGGUGUGAGGCUGCACUUAAAGGACCAGAGUGUAGAAUUUAGUUAUCUAGCAGUGAGAUUGCAGAUUGCAACUAACUGAAUACACACAUAAGCCGUGUUUCCAUUAGCGUAGAAGCACAUUUUGAAAUGUUGCAUUAAAGAAAAUGCAAAUAGGGACGUUUCAAUCAACGUUUUGAGCAAAAUAAACAGAGCUGCAUUAACGUACUUUGGUCAGAAGAUGGCGGUAUAAUGUAUUGUAGUCUAGUCCAUCAGGAAACAGUAGAAGAAGUAGAGAUUGUGAGAGAGAGAAAAAACAACAAGAAACUCAAUGAGGAUUUUGAAUGGGUUGGUGGUUAGAUGCCUGAAAUAAGGUCUGUGUUUAACACAAGCUAAAGAGAUCUUCGCCUGUUGUUUUACGACAUAAAUUACAUUGGUAAAUCCACUUGUGAAUUUUGGAGUUUUUAACUGUCCUUUAAAGAGCGGUUGCUAACAAGUUUCUAAAUGAGACUACAGUGGUUUUCAGGGAUAUUAAACUUCAUCACUCCGGACAAGCACGGGAACUCUCUCGCUAGUCCGCCUUUCAGCCUCCAGUCAUGUUUUUCAGUGCUCUUGCAAACUCCUGUAGAUAGUAGAUUAGGUUAGUAAGCAAUUUGUUUGGCUACGGUUUUGCUAGCUUGUGACGUUAAAGUCAUGCGAAUGUGAAGUACUUUGCUAUAGCCUAACGUUAGCUUUUUUUUUUUUACCUCAAUCUGCUGCAUUAACGCUUCAAAUAUCAUAAAAGUGGUGUUCAUUUGUGAAGAUUAUCCUGCUGAGCAAAACACGUCAGCAUCAGAAACAGUGUGUUUGCCAUAGAGAUUAUUUUCUGCAAUGAACCGAAAUCCAAUGCAACAAUCCUAAAUGCGAAUUCCUAUUAGACCCCAUGGAGAUGGUAACUUCCAGGGUAACCUACAAAAAUAUGUACUUUUGUUCUCUAUAGAUCCCCUUUAAUUCUACACACUGGUCUCACACACUAAAGUCUAAUGUCAGCAUGCCAACAUGCUCACAAUGACAAUGUGAGCAAUAACGUCUGAUUUUAGACCUGUAGAGGUAUGUUGUUGAUGUUCUCCAUCUCAGUUUUGUGUGUUGGCAUACUGUAGGGAGCUGAAGGCAAUCCUGAGUGCAUUCAGAGUUACACAUGAACAUCACAUCCUUUGGAUUUUCCUGGCAAAUACGCCCAAAUUCUUGACAUGAAUAUCUGUUCACAGGAAGUUACAAUCCAUUCUCACAUUGUCAAAACAAAGCAGUUAAUGCAUGUAAAUUGCUUCACAUAGUAUGUUUAACACAUGCUGAAAAACACUGUGCUCAACUAAUGGUAAAUGUAUCCAUAUUACUUAAAAUGGUCUUAGUUUAAGCCAUUGUUUACAUAAUUUAUGAGUUGAUGAAGACACCUGAAUGCACCAUUAAGAGUGCAGGACACUGUGGUGUAUACUGGAAAUAAGUUGUUUUUUGCCAAAUGUGUCAAAAACGAAGGCUGCGUUUGAAGGAAACUACACUGAGGCAGCCUUACAACCGGUUGUGAAAUUCCUUAACUUUAAAGGAGGCGGCCCGUGAAUCAGGACACAGCUUUUUACUUUUUGGUUUUUACCAGUUCCAGUUCAGUUACAUCUUAAGUUACUUUUUGCAGGAACUUUGGUUUCAUUCCAAUGAUCAGGGCUUAGAAUACUAUUCUUGGAGAUUUCCCUCUAAGUGGUGCACGUCCAGAUUCAGUGUUCAGAAGCUGAAUUGAAGGCAUUGUCUUAUUGUCAAGAGGAGGACAAUGUUUACAAUUAGCUGACAUUACUUAUCAUCAUAAGACAUUAUUUAAAGUAUAAUUAUCAUCAUUAACAAAAGGUUUUUUGCUUUGAUUACAUUUAGGAGGUCGCGACAUCAGUAAUUUACUAUUCCAAUUCAGAGUGCUACACUGCAAAAAAAGAAAAGUUGGGUGAACUCAAAAUUUCAAGGCAACAAACUUCGAUAAAAUUUUAAGUUGGACAAUUAAACUAAAUAGUUUAAGUUUUUUUUGAGUUUGCUCAACUCAACUGAACUGUAAGUUGUACUAACUUUUUAAUUACUUAACUAAAUUUUACAUUGUAACAACUUUUAAUCCUUACUUGUGUUAACUCCUGCAAUGUGCUGAAUUGGCACGAUUGUAAUGCCGCUAUGAAAUGUCAGCUAAUGUUGCGACCACAAUUUUGAGUUAGCAUUGAUGCGCUAAUGGCUACUCUUGUAGCUGUAACAAGCAGCGCCGCUAGCAUCAGUUAGCCGCUAGCAUCAGUUAGCCGCUAGCUUUCGCUAAUGACCGAAUUUCACCACUUUCCCACAUUUCACAACAAAGAAAUAAGAGUUAGCAGAACUAUUGUCCUUUGUUGUGAACCCCAACUUAAAGAUAUAAGUAACAACAACUCACAAACUUGUUUUUGAGCAUACAACUGGCUUCCUUUGUUGUGCUAACUUACAUUAUUGCCCUAAAUAUCAAUAAUUUAUAUUUCCAAGUUUUCCCAACUUAAAUCAUAGUUUUAGGCCAAAAAAUACAAGUUGGCUUUUUUGCAGUGUAGAUAGUAUUAUUACUGCUAUUGUUACUAGUUGUGCUAUCUUCACCGUAGUACACUCUAUGGUUUAACAGCAGUUGCUUCAGUCAGUGAUUUACUGUGAUUUCUAAAUCAAGCAUGACUGUAAGAUGAUCUUUUAUUUAUGUUGAACAUACAGAUAUUCAUGGUUUUAGUCUCGGAGACUUUUACUUGUGUGCUUCCACCUUUACCAGGCUCUACAGAGUAGAUUAUCAAGCAUAAUUACUGAAUUCUAAUAGUUUACUGUUGUUGAUUAGAUUUAGUAAGUGAAGAUGUCAUCAGUACGAUUUAUACAGUAUAUAUUUAUUAAUGACGUGCAGUAUAUGUUGACCUCAUCUAUAUUUUCUUCUGAUGUACUUCAUCAGCUGUUUAUCUUCAUCAUCUUCAUCUUAAUGAAUGAGACCCAUUUGUUCGAGUUACAUGUUGAACCUCAGAAGGGAAAACCACUGUCUGACUCAGCACUGCCAGAAGACUGACUUACUGCCGUACCUGAUAGCACACUACUACCAUAUAUACGUCUCACACUUGAAAGGAAACUGAAGCUAUAGUAUUGUUGAACAAUCUGGCCCAAUAUUAAGGCAUCUCAGGUGUGUGUGCAUGUGUGUGUGUGUGUGUGUGUGUGUGUGUGUGUGUGUGUGUGUGUGUGUGUGAGUGUGUGUGAGUGUUUGUAUACUAUCGGACUCCCAUGAAUCCAAAGCCUGUAACCGGCUGAGUCUAUGUUUACACGUGAACGCAUGUACCUUGAACACAUAAAAAGUAUAUUUGAAAUAUAUAUGUACUCUUAGUGUUAAACUGUAUGUGGUGGCACACGGUAUAAUGAUAUACGAGCUUGUAUGAUACAGUAAAUGCGGCUAGAGGACCAAAAGGUCUCCUAUUCAUAGGUGUUAACGAAUUUUUGAAAAAACCUCUGCUCUUGUUCAACAUCUUCUCGCUGCUGUCUGUCUCUCAGGAUUUGGAUCAUUUGGGCUUAAAAGCCUGUGAAGCCACAUUCAAGGACCACUAAAGCUGCUCCGGUUGUUCGAGCGCUCUCUGCAGCAACGAAAAAUGAUCAAAUAGCUGUGAAGCUGCUUUAUUUUAAUGCUGGCACUCACUUGCUUCACUUGCCUACUCACAUCCCCAAGUAAGGCAAAAGUUUCCUGCGAGCUCUAGAUAGAUAUGGGUAAUAUUUAUAAAGUAACCAAACAGGAUAAAAGCUUUAAGGCAGAUAUUACAGCAGCAAAGAGUAUGUUCACUAAAACUGCACAGCUCUAAAUUUGCUGUAUGUGAUUUGCACUAGAGCCCGGCUGAUAUGGGAUUUUUGAGACAGAUGCUGAUACUGGCCUUAGAGGGGGAAAAUUCAUUGAUAACGGAUAUGGUAUUAGAAUGAAAAUAGACCCUUUUAUGUGGAUUGUGCACCGCUUUUUCACUACUCUGCAAAUGAACCCAGAGAGCUACUUGAUCAAAAAAAAGAGAAGGCAUUAUUUAAUAAGAUUUAACAUUGUUAUAUAUCAAUAUACAGUAUACAAACAAUGUAUUGCAUUGUCAGCCAAUUCUAUAAAUGAUAACUGAGAAGACAAAGAAUAAAUAGGAAUAAAAUAAAUAGCUAAAUAAACAUCUGUUUUAGUCAAUUGCUGACUAUUUAAAAAAGAAAGACGAAACAAAUUAAUAGCUAAUUGCAUUUCUAAAUCAUGCCAAGCAACAUUCUGUAUUAUAUAUUGGGUAAAAACAAUUUCCAUAACGUCACUCAACGGAUGGAUGAAACUGAACACUGGAAUGAAAAUUGACUUGAGAGACAAACAGAAAAAUUUUAUGUGGAUUGUGCACCGAUUUUUUCACCACUCUGCAAAUGUACCCAGAGAGCUACUUUCUAAACAUAAAACUUAAACAAUAUUUAACAUUGUUAUACAUGAUACAAACAACGUAUGACAUUGUCAGACAAUGCUAUUAAUGAUAACUUAAGAAAAUGAAGAAUAAAUAGGAAUAAAAUAAAUAGCUAAAUAAACAUUAUUACUCAUCAGUGUCAGUCAAUUUCUGACUAUGACUAAAAAAAAUAAUUUAUUAGUCAACACCGUUUCUAAAUCACGGUAAGCAACAUUUUCUCUAUUAUAUAUUGUGUAAAAAAAAGUUUUCAUAACAGCACAUAUCAGCAUAUACACCGAUACUGAUAUGCCUUUGAGAGGCCAAUAUCUGCCGAUAAUAUCUGUCAACCGAUAUAUCUGCCGGGCUCUAAUUUGCAUCAAAAUUCACAAUGAAAAACAUGUAAGUGCAGUGCUACUAGAGAAAAGGCAACAAUGACCUUAUGUUUCAAAAUUAAGAGAUAAUUAAAAAAUAAAUACUGCAUGCAUAGCCAAUUUUCAAAACUUUUAAGAUAUCCUGCUAAAAAUGAGAACCAAGCAAAAACACGAGACUGUCAACUAAACCUAUUUGGCAGUAUAUUUAAAAAAAAAAAAAAAAAAGACUAUUACAAUAUUAUAGAACAAAUCUGCACAUUUUUUUAACAGAGCAGCAGCCAUGCUGGAAAUGUCUCCGUUGCUGCCUAACUGCCCUUGAACAGGCCUUUCAUAGUGUGCAUUCCUACAAUAUAACUACAACUUUUUGCAGUUACAACUAACCAAGCAGCACAUGAAUGCAUCAUACUGUUGGAUCCAAAAAGAAAAACCAUCUGAUGAUAUAAAACACACAAAAUUCAACCAAAUGCAUUCAUUACUUAUUAAGACAUUUAACCAACAAAAACAAAGUAACACAAAUCAUUGUUAUUAUCAUUGUAUUUAUUUUAGUAUUUAAGGAGUUGUAUAUUAAUGACAAAUGAACACAUUUAUUGUUUGAGCUAACUGAGAAUUACACACUGUGAAUAUCUCAGUUUGGACUAAAACUCUUCAGAUAUAUUCUUGAAUUUAAGAGUACUUUGUAGUACUCGUACUCUAAGUGUUUACUUGAGCCUCUGAGAAACACCAAAUGAUUGAGAGUUUAUUGCCUGGAGUACUCGGGGGUAUUAGAAGUGAUCAGAGCCUGUAUUCUGACCUGCUAUACAGGCAGGUUUGGUGACGGUGAGAUGAAAUAUUUGAGGAUUUGACGUGUGUCUGUCUUGUCUUAGUUAUUAUAUGUGUCUCAUUCAGACAUACAGUGCCCACCUGACUUUGUAUAGAGUUUUUAAACUCUCCAUGAAGCUUUCAUGGACCCUCUUUACAUUGUUUAUAGACGCUCUGUGAUUGUGGAGCUGCUGACUCUGUUCUCAGUGCUGCUUGUGUUUUCUUUCUGGUCGUAAGAGACUACAGAUUAUAUUAUCUCAUAUUCUUUCUCUCUAUAGUUUUCAUAUUGUUUUUCUUCGUGUGUGUGUCUGUGGUGCUUUUGUGCUGUGAUAAGCCUAUAUGAUGCCAACAAUGCUUUUAUCUUUUC